AUGCAAGCGUCUGAAAUCAAAAAUGGAAUGAAUUCGGAUGGUGAAAGAAGAAAGGAGAGAAGAUAUAGGUUAUUCUUCAAUAAAGAAAGCGGUAAGAAAGAGUACGAUCCAUGUUCUGCUUGUGCAGGAAGUCAUCCAAUUUGGAAAUGUUACUCUUUCCGAAGUCAAGCUAUUAAUGAGAAAUGGAAAAUUGCGAGAAGAGUUGGGCUGUGUUACAGAUGCCUCGGGAAACUUCAUUUGGGGAGUUCGUGUACAAGAAGUCGACAGUGUCAUAUUAAUGGUUGCAAGGAAACCCACCAUCGUUUACUCCAUGUGCAAAGAAGAGUUAAUACCAUAGGUCCUAAUCAAGAUAUCAAUGUUACGGAAAAACCUCCCAUGAAACAAAUGGAUCCAAAAAAGAAAUAUCUUCAAGAACAGGCUCUUGGCACGGAGGGGGAUGGCAAUACACAAGCUACUACAAUGAAAACCAGCACAGAUCAUGAUACCAGGAAAAUAGCACUGCGCACGAUCCCAGUUAUUUUAAAAAAUGGAACGCGUAAAGUUCAUGUAAACUGUCUGUUGGAUGAAGGAAGUGACACUACUUACAUCAACGAGGAUGUUAUAGAAGAACUAGGUUUAACCGGAGUGAAAGAAAAAAUCGAUGUCAAGGUAGCAAAUGACCAGACAAUUAGUUUUAUGUCGAACACGUUUACGAUUGGGCUGGAAAGCAUGGACGGAAGAGUAGAUACAGAAAUUGUGGCAAAAACCUCGGGAAAGAUCUGUGGGGGAAUGAAAGCUGUUAACUGGUUAACCAUAAAACAAAAUUGGAAUCACUUAAAAAAGAUCCCAUUCCCAAAGUUAACGAAAGUAAAUCAGAUCGCUGUCCUUUUGGGAGGAGACCACUAUGAAUUAAUGUAUUCAAUGAAAGAGAUUGUUGGCAAUAAAGACAAUUUAGUUGCUAGACUUUGUCCUUUAGGAUGGACGGCGGUAGGUAAAAUAGAGCAACGAAGUAAUGUUGGGCAUCAACACAAUGGAUUUAGUCAUACUUUCCGAAUCCACGUAGAAGAAGCAACGACAAAUUAUGCUCCAAAUGAAUGCUCAGACCUGAAUUCCACCCUCAAUCGUUUUUGGGACCUAGAAAGCGUCGGAAUAACUCAGAUAACAGAGAAUCACUGA